AUGCCUCUCUCCACGAACGAACAGACCAACGAGACUGCAGCCAAAUUGAACAAGACUCUCCGCGGAGCAUUUAACACUCCUCAGGCCUUUAGACCAGCCCAUGCCAGAGGCAUCCUCAUCAACGGGACAUUCACACCCACCUCCGAGGCCGCCUCUCUAAGCAAAGCACCGCACUUCAACGCCAGCUCAACACCCGUCACCACGCGCUUCUCGAACUCGACGGGCCUCCCCCAAAUUCCCGAUAACGCGGGCGACGCCAACCCGCGAGGCUUCGCCGUCCGAUUCAACCUGCCCGAGAAGGACGGCCGGCGCCAGCACACCGACAUCAUAGCCCACUCGACACCCUUCUUCCCCGUCAACUCGGGCGAGGACUUCCUCGCCCUGCUGAACGCCAUCGGGGCGUCUUCCGCGCCAGAUGCGCCCAAGAACCCCUCCCCGAUCGAAGCCUUUCUGGGCAAUCAUCCCGCGGCACUGGCCUUCGUGCAGGCACCGAAACCCACCCCCUCCAGCUUCGCCACGGAAAAGUACUUUGGCGUCAACGCGUUCAAACUCGUCUCUGCGGAUGGCAACGAGACGUUCGUCCGCUGGCGUAUCACUCCCGACGCGGGGGAAUCACACCUGUCUGACGAAGAAGCCAAGGCCAAGGAUGCGGCGUUUCUGCACAACGAAAUCCAGACGCGCAUCAUCGACGGAGGCGCUUCUUUCACGCUCUGGGCUCAGGUGGCGAAUGAAGGAGACCAAACCAACGACCCGACUGUCCGCUGGCCGGAUGAUAGGAAACUUGUGAAGAUGGGCACGAUCAAGGUGGACGCCGUGGCCGAGGAUAAUGACGAGAAGCAGCGAAAUAUCAUCUAUGACCCGGUGCCGAGGGUCGAUGGUGUCGAGGCGAGCGAUGAUCCGGUCAUUGAUGUGAGGGCGAGUCUGUAUUUGAUUUCGGGACGCGAGAGGAGAGCUGCUGAGCCGCACCAUUGA